UUUCUGGACAACAAUAUGAGCUGUUGCCCGGCGAAUUCGCUGCCUGCCAACCCCACCAAGAGCGACGCCACUCCCAUCAAGGUGGGCAAUACGGACGUCUUCUUCUACGACAACGCCACUUCCUCCACCCUCGUCCUCGUCUUCCCCGACGUCUUUGGCCCAGACUCUGGUCGCACCAAAGACAACUGUGUCAAACUGAGCGCUCGGUACAAGGUAGCUCUCGUCGACCUGGCGCCGGAAUAUGUCCCUGACUUGUCCAACGUCGGCGAAUGGAUCAAGGCGCGACCGUUCGAAGGACUCGUGGGCAAAAUCCACGACGUGGUCGCCCACUUCAAAGCCAGCCACGGCGUCACCACGUUUGGCGCGGUGGGCUACUGCUGGGGGGCAUGGGUCGUGGCCAAGUACAGUGCCGACCCAUCGACGGCGCUGUCUGCGGGCGUGUCCUUCCAUCCUUCUUGGGGUGCCGAGCAAUUGUUCCACGGAGAAGGCAGCGGUGCCAAGAUCGCCGAGAGCAUCACGGUCCCGCAGUUGAUUCUCGCUGCGGGCAACGACCCAGACUGGCUCAAGCCUGGAGGGGCCGUGGAGACGACGCUCGCCGCCCGAGGCAUUGCCCACAAACUGCGCGAGUUUCCGCUCGUGUCCCAUGGCUGGGUGAACCGGGGGGACCUGACCGACGCCAACACUGCAGAAGCCUUCCACGCGGCGUGGCACGACGAGGCGCUGCCGUUUUUGGAGCAGCAUUUGACAAAGUAAAUGGAACCAUGAAUGGGUGUGAACUUGGUUUGUGUGUAUGGCUCGGAAUGAAUGGUGUUCAACCUGUGAUUCGUA